UUUAACUUUUCUUAAUAUUAUCAUUCUUUAUAUUUGUUUGCAUUUGUCAGGUAUGUCUUACCACUUAUUUUCAACUUUUCUGUAUUAAGCCACAUUGAGUUUCGCUAAUCUAAAAAUUAGAAAUCUGAAAUGCUUCAAAAUCUGAAACUACCUGGUUGAUCCUGCCAGUAAAAAAAGAAGACGAAUAAAUAAUAAAAAAAAAUAAAAAAAAAAAAUCUGAAACUUUUUGAGUGCUGACAUGAUGCUCAGAGGUCAUGUUUUAUUAGAACAUUUAGGAUUUUGGAUUUCAGAUUUUUGGAUUAGGGAGUGCUUGACUGGUAAGUAUGAUAUAUAAUUGAAAUAUUCCAAAAUCUGAAAAAAAAUCUGAAAUCCAAAACACUUCUGGUUUCAACCGUCUUGGAUAAAAGGUAUUUAACCUAUAAUCAGUAUGUUUAUUAGAAACUACCUAUAACUUGCUUUUGCUUUUUUUUUUUUAAGCCUAAUUUGUUAACGUAGCUUUUAAUGAGAGAAUUCAGCCUAUAACAACUAAUGGACUUCAUCUAAAUUUGACAGCAAAUAUUGUAUGUCUAUUCUUCUCUAUUAAAUACAACUCAUGUUAGGUAAAUGCCAAACAAUUGCUUAAGUUUAGGUCUUGACAAGCUGAAAUGACAGUAGUUCCAAGUGAAAAUGACUGUUAGACAGUUGGCCGUAGAAUAGGACUAGACCCUACGCCAAAAAACAAGACACAUACAUGUUGGGUUAUCAGCUGUAUUAAUCAGGGCUCUCUAGAAAAACAGAACCAAUAGCAGACUUCCUUUUUCUUCAGGGGACCUCAGUCUUUGCUCUUAAGCCCUUCAACUGAUUGAAUGAGGUCCACCCACAUUAUGGUGGGCAAUAUGCUUUACUCAAAGUUGACUGAUUUAAAUGUUAAUAACAUCUAAAAAAUACUUUUACAGCAACAUCUAGAUUGGUGCUUGACCCAACAACUGGGCACCAUAACCUAGCCAAGUCGACACAUGAAAUUAACCAUCACCCUCAGCACCGUAACAACAGUUGACAAAAUGUGAAUGGAUGAUUUCUAAAACAAACAGCAACUGUAAGCAAACACAGAGCCAAAGAUCAAGGGUUUGGCAUUAGGGAAUUACCACAGUUGGAUUCCAUUGUUUCAUCCAAAAAUUCAAGUGCCCUUAUUCUCUUGCUGAUACUUACAGUGUGUUCUUGGCUUACAAAAUGUUAUACCUGUUUUUAUUAUCCUUUAAUGUUUGGCAGUUUCUCUGUAGACCAGAAGUUCAGGUUGCAGAUAUAUCUUGAGAGUCUCUGUUUCAUGAGCCUAUCUGCAUCCAGAGAUCUGUUUGCCCUGGAGUUUUGAGGGCUGAGCCCUGAGUCAUGAUGCAUUAACCCUGCUCUGUGCGGUGCCUACACGCCCAUACACAGCCUGCAGCUAAAUAAAUGCUGCUUCUCCACCGCUGCUGCUGAGCUGAUGUAAUGUCCCUGCCUAUUCCAGAAAGAGCCAUCUGUUGACUUGGUAUCUCUGGGAGGAUCUGCAGAAGGUGGGCUUUUACUCUUCACAAUCCAGUAUGUACUUUCAGGUCUGUCUACUAAAUAAAUCCUUUCAGCAGGGUUUAGUUUAGUUAGGAUUAGGAACAACUUUAUUAAACUACCGGUAACAAUGCCUGGUGGUUAAGCAUAGGCGUUUUAAGGGUUCAAAUCUUGGGUCUGCCUGAGUUCAAAUCAAAACUCCAACACUUAUGGCCAUGAAAUGUACUGAAAUUAUUAAUGCCUGAUCUCUCUGAGGCUCAAUUUUUCCAUUUGUAAAACAGGGUUACAUCAUACUAUCCUAUGUCACACUAUUGCUCUGAGGCUUAAAUGAGAUAAGGAUUGGUUAUUUUAAUGAUUAAAAAGCACUGGUGGGCAUACUCACCAGUAUGGCUGAAAAAACAAAAAGUGAAAAUGAAAUAAAUUGAAAAAAUUAAAAAUUAAAAAAAAAUAAAAAGCAUUGGUGUAUCUCUUCGAAGAAGUAUUCCUUUUCAACUCAACAACUUUUAACUCACAUUUCUUAAACAACAAAAAUUCAGGCCAUAAAUGUUUGUUAAAUCUACCCUCUUUCACCAGUUAUUUGCAUUCUUAUAUUUUCAUGGUUUUUUUUUUUAUCAGUGAGCAGUUUUCUAUUUCUGUUAUAAGUAAGUUCAUUGAAACAAAUUCAAGAGAAGGACUCUUAUUUGCUCUCCAAGUCAAUUAUAGAUAUCUAGGAUGUUGCAAAUUUAGGAACAAACUAGCUCAGCUCCCUGCAUUUUUUGAGCUCCGGCUUGAUCAGUGUGGCCCUAAGUUGCUAUCAAGCAAAUCGCGACCGGUUAAAGCUUAGUCAGCAUGAGGUUCUCAUUUGGGGCCGGUAGGAAAAAUCAUUACUGGACCGGUCACCUCUAAUCAAAUCUUGGCAUUUCUGCCCAGCCCUCACGUGCUGUCCUCAUUGCUGAGAUUGUUGUUGCCAAAACUUUCCCUGCUCUUGAGUUGUUCAAGAUCCCUCAUCAUCAUAAUGAUGUCAUUGUCACUUGCAAAUUCUUAGGUCAGCGUUUACCUCUGCCUGCCUGCAGAUGAAUGGGUUAAUCAAGUUGCUUUCACGUCUGAAUUAUUUCUGUGACUAUUUCCAUUUGCCUGUGACAUUCUCACUCUUCUCACUCUUCUUCCCGAGCUUGAAUUCCGUAAGCAGAAGCUGAGAUAUUGUAAUUUCCUAAAUAACCCAAAGGGAAGAACUGGCAUACUUUAUAACCACUCUGACUACUGAAUCAACUCGCACAUGCUCUUCUCUCUAAUGGAACUUUGAGGAAUAACUGUAAUUGAAUAGUACGUCCACCCCCAUCUUCAGAUUUCACUGAAUAAAGCCUAGAUCCGGUUCUGUCUUGUUUUUGUUUGUUUCCCGUUGUGUUUGUGCCCCACUGGGUAAAGCACAAGCUCGGGCUUCAUCUGGAUGUAUUUUCAAUUCGCAGAGGCAGUAAUUGAAUCUCUGACAAUAGUCUUGCCUGGGAGGAGUGUUCCAACUCCGGCUGCUAUAUUAAACCAGGGAAGUUCUUGCUUCCCUUGGAAGGUAAUGUCCCAUCUGUUGACUGUGAACUAUGGCAAUGCAAAACUCUCAGAAUCGUGGGAGUUGGUGAUCCAAAGCAUCUACAGUUCUCGUCUAUGGAAAGAGUCAUUCUGAGUUUUUUUGUUUUGUUUUUAACCUCUGCUGGCUCUCUCUGCAAAAUACCGGGGCGGGCUCAGCCAGGUGGAGAGGUUAAUAUUUGCUCUCCAACCUUCAAAGACAGAUGCUGCUGAGCCUGUUGCUGUUUGCAGCAGGAUCGGUGGCAAGUUAAAGCAGGCUGCUUUUCAGCUGCUGGUGUUUCCAGCACUCUGCAGCUAAUGCGUUCUGCUCCAGGCUGCUGUAAAAGUGCUUCUCUGCUUAUUCUGUGUGUGUAACUGCAUUCUGCUCCCUGCUCGGUCCCACUGAAGAACUUGAUGCUUUGGCAUGCGACAGUCGCCUGAUAACAUUAUGAUAAACUCCCCUGGGGGAGGGGUUGAACUUGGGCUCAUGCAAACCUUUCUGGUUCCCCGGGGGUCAGCAGCCUUAGAGGUGGCAAAUAUGAGGUGUGUCUUCAGUGAAUUUAGAGAUGAGAAGAAAGAGGGCUGAGCCAGCCUCACCAAGAGGGUUUGGGCACAGAUCUGGGAGAAAUGUGUCCACAGCUUUGUGCAAACAGUAGGAAUUCCACAACAUUUGAGAUAAUGAAAAGCUGAAUGAAUGGAAGAAGGAUUGAAUACCUUACAGGCUAGUGACUAUUCCUCAAAAGCCUAGAAUAGAUUUCAGUGCUAUUCUGGUCAUUUGUGUGAACUAGGAUAGAUGUGCAAAAGAUGCAGGCGUGUUAGGAAAGAGUUAAAAAAUUCUCCACACCUUCUCCUGCCAUCUGCAAUUGCGGAGGCCAAGGGAAAAAUGCACACACACACACACACACACACACACACACACACACAUAUACUCUGGCAGGGAACCUGUUUUGCAAGUUUUGCUGGUAAAAAGUAGGAAGGGGGUUGGUGGAGAACUGAGUGGAAAAGCCUUAGAAGUAUCAGUUAAGGGUUUUUUCCAAGAUCUGAGUUUUUCAGUGUAACUUUAUCCUUCCGAGACAGAGGCAUGCAUGGCCUCUGUAGGUUUUUCUUCCACCAAUUAAGUGCAUUGUUAGACAGGGAGAGGCAGAUUAACGAAUGCCUAUAAUUUUGAUCAUUGUUUUUUGCAAAACAGCUCAGGCUUUGAAAAUGAAGCCAUCGUUCUUGGCUUAAGUUUCUGCCAACUGCACAAAUUACACUGUGCAGAGAUCCAAAGCCCCUAAAAAGGUUUCAUUAAUGAGCAAUUUCAGACGAUUGUUUAAGUCUUCCCCUAACAGGUAACUGUUGGCAUGUAGGUAGGUGGGGUUAGGGUUUCCAUGGAGAUUUAUGAUGUCAUGCUUGAAAGAGCAUGUCAAGACAGCCGAUUUAACAAGUAGCUACUCAAAAAGUCCUAUAGGCUACAAGUCGGUUUUAUGCAAAUUACAAGAGUUUCACUGGGAAAAACUGCAAAAGCAAAUAGCAGCGACAUGGAGGGGGGCUUACCUGACAGCUCCGAAGGAUGACCCUGGACUCCAUUAGAGACGGAAACUUCCAGAAGACGACUUUAGAGUUUCUGCUUUCACUGCCUCACCUGUGGAGCUUUGAGUACAGACAAGAAGCCCCAAACUGUCUCAUAGUCCUCAACCUCCCGACCUGGUCGAGCAUUUAUCGGAGGCGUCUGGUGACUCCCUGGAAGCCAUGUCGGAAGGGGAUGCGCCGAGCCCUUUCUCCAGAGGCAGCCGGACCCGAGCCAGCCUUCCCGUGGUCAGGUCCGCCAACCAGACGAAAGAAAGAUCUCUAGGGGUUCUCUACCUCCAGUAUGGAGAUGAAACCAAGCAGCUCAGGAUGCCGAACGAGAUCACAAGCGCAGACACGAUCCGGGCUCUCUUCGUAAGUGCCUUUCCCCAGCAGCUCACCAUGAAAAUGCUGGAGUCGCCCAGUGUCGCCAUUUACAUCAAAGACGAAAGCAGAAAUGUCUAUUAUGAAUUAAAUGAUGUAAGGAACAUUCAAGACAGAUCGCUCCUCAAAGUGUACAACAAGGACCCCGCCCAUGCGUUUAAUCACACACCAAAAACUAUGAACGGAGACAUGAGGAUGCAGAGAGAAAUCAUUUUUGCAAGAGGGGAUGGCCCGGGCGCCUCUCGGCCUGGAUCGACGGCCCACCCGCCCCACGUGAUUCCCAACUCCCCGCCGUCCACACCCGUGCCGCAUUCCAUGCCUCCCUCCCCAUCCAGAAUCCCUUAUGGGGGCACGCGCCCCAUGGUGGUUCCCGGCAACGCCACCAUCCCCAGGGACAGGCUCUCCAGCCUCCCGGUCUCCAGACCCAUCUCACCAAGCCCGAGCGCCAUUCUGGAAAGGAGAGACGUCAAGCCAGACGAAGACAUGGGUGGCAAAAACAUCACGAUGUACAGGAACGAGGGUUUCUAUGCCGACCCUUACCUUUAUCACGAGGGCCGGAUGAGCAUCGCCUCGUCCCACGGCGGCCACCCGCUGGACGUCCCCGAUCACAUCAUCGCGUACCACCGCACGGCCAUCCGGUCGGCCAGUGCUUACUGCAACCCGUCUCUGCAAGCCGAGAUGCACAUGGAGCAGUCGCUGUACAGGCAGAAGUCGAGGAAAUACCCGGAUAGCCAUUUGCCGACGCUGGGCCCCAAAACGCCGCCCGCCUCUCCCCACCGGGUCGGCGACCUGAGGAUGAUAGACGUGCACGCUCACUACAACGCCCACGGGCCCCCGCACACCCUGCAGCCCGACCGGGCCUCGCCCAGCCGCCAGUCCUUUAAAAAGGAGCCGGGCACCUUGGUGUACAUAGAAAAGCCACGGAACGCUCCAGGAUUAUCCGGCAUCGUGGACUUUGGCCCUCCUCUGGUUGAGAAGCAGGUGUUUGCUUACAGCACUGCUACGAUACCCAAAGACAGAGAGACCAGAGAAAGGAUGCAAGCCAUGGAGAAACAGAUUGCCAGUUUAACUGGCCUGGUGCAGUCUGCACUUUUUAAAGGGCCCAUUGCAAGUAAUAGCAAAGAUUCAUCUAGCGACAAGAUGAUGAAGACCACAGCCAGGAGCCACACGGACGGUGCAGGAACUGCCCACGUGUCUGGCGGGAAGACCCUCGGCCCCCUGGAGCCCCCGGCGCCCCCCGGCCAGGCCCCGCCUGCGGCCGCCUCCGCCAUCCACGCGAGCCUGCUGGACAUGAGGCGGAGCGUGGCCGAGCUCCGGCUCCAGCUGCAGCAGAUGCGGCAGCUCCAGCUGCAGAACCAGGAGCUGCUAAGGGCGAUGAUGAAGAAGGCCGAGCUGGAGAUCAGCGGCAAGGUGGUGGAGACCAUGAAGCGGCUGGAGGACCCCGUGCAGCGCCAGCGUGUGCUGGUGGAGCAGGAGAGACAGAAAUACCUGCACGAGGAAGAGAAGAUCAUCAAGAAGCUGGGCGAGCUGGAAGACUUCGUGGAAGACCUGAAGAAGGACUCCACGGCAGCUGGCCGGGUGGUGACGCUGAAAGACGUGGAAGACGGGGCGUUCCUCCUGCGACAGGUGGGAGAAGCCGUGGCCACCCUGAAAGGAGAGUUCCCGACCUUACAAAACAAGAUGCGGGCCAUCCUGCGCAUCGAGGUGGAGGCCGUGCGCUUCCUGAAGGAGGAGCCGCACAAGCUGGACAGCCUGCUGAAGCGCGUGCGAGGCAUGACCGACGUCCUGACCGUGCUGCGCAGACACGUCACCGACGGGCUGCUGAAGGGCGCAGACGCGGCCCAAGCGGCGCAGUACGUUGCCAUGGAAAAGGCCAUGGCGGCAGAAGUGUUGAGGAGCCAGGAGGAGGCGACCCAUACCUCCAGCCAGCCCCUCCACGGCGCAGGCGUCCCCCGCGACGCGAAGUCGGAAGGGGUCCCCAUGUCCGGCGUGACAGCACACCAUGCACAGAGCCCCCAGCUCUCGUCGGCCCUGCUGAACCCCGCGCAGGGCCUGCCCCGCACAGCCAGCCCCCCAGCCGGCACCCGGGAGGCGGCCACCCUGCACCCCACGCCGGCUGCACAGUCCCCACAGACGCCGGCCAACGGGGCCACCAUGCAGAGCCUGUUCAUCGAGGAGCUCCACGGCGUGGGUGCCAAGAACAGGGCCAUGUCCAUUGAGAAAGCAGAAAGGAAAUGGGAAGAAAAAAGACAAAAUCUGGACCAUUAUAAUGGGAAAGAGUUUGAGAAGCUCCUAGAAGAAGCUCAGGCCAAUAUCAUGAAGUCGAUUCCAAACCUGGAGAUGCCGUCCACCCUGGGCCCAAUGCCCAAGGGAGAGGCUGCGGUGGACAGGCCCGAACUGUCAGAAGACUCUUCAAAUUCAGAACAGGACGUGGACAAGCUGGGAGGAAAGUCGCCCCCUCCCCCUCCCCCACCCCCUCGGCGGAGCUACCUGCCAGGAUUGGGGCUCACCACCACCAGGUCGGGCGAUGUGGUCUACACCGGCAGAAAGGAGGCUAGCAGCACUAAGGCGAGCAGUGGUGACGCCGGACCAAGCCCGCAGACCAGAGCCACCAAGUGUCCCCCGGACGAGCCCGCUUCAGCCUGGACCCCGUCCCCACCGCCUGUCACCACCUCGUCAAAGAACGAGGAGGAGGAGGAGGAGGAAGGGGAGAAAAUAAUGGCAGAACUCCAGGCAUUCCAGAAGUGUUCCUUUAUGGAUGUAAAUUCAAACAGUCACGCUGAGCAGUCCCGGGCUGACAGUCACCUUAAAGACACUAGGCUGGGCACCACAGUCCCACACAAGGAGAAGAAGGGCAUUUUUGGAAGUUGGAGAACAAAGCAAUGCAAGAAUUUGGAAUUUUUCCAUGAAGAUGUACGGAAAUCUGAUGUUGCAUAUGAAAAUGGCCCCCAAAUGGAAUCCCGAAAGGUUACCGCAGGGGCUCUAAGACCUAGUGACCCUACUAAGUGGGAAAGAAGAGCGGAAAACAGCAUUUCUGAUGCAUCGAGAACAUCAGAAUAUACCACUGACACUGUGAUGAAGGAAAAUUCCCUAUCCAAUAUGAGUUUACUCAGAGACAGUAGAAACCAUUCCCAGAAACACGUGCCUAAGGUCAGUUUCAAUUUCUCUGGCGUUAGUUCGUUGGAAGAUGACAUAAAAAAAGGGCCCCAAGUCUCAGGACUGCAGUACCCCGUACCCAGCGCUGAGGAUCCGAAGUCGAGUUAUGGAAAGACCACGGAGACGGAGCUGCAGGGACAGGAAGAUGCGGACAGGCGUCAGGCUGCCUCUCCCGCUAGAUUAGCGGAAUCGAGUGUGCGUGACGUCAAAGCACAAGAUCAGGAGGUUCCGGUGACGGACGUGGCCCCGGUGGUUCUGCGACCCAAGGGGGCCAGGCACGCCAGUGUGAGCCCCGGUGAGGACAGAGAACCAAGUCCCAGUCCUCCCGCUGAAGAAAGCGCGGCCGGCGACAACAUCGCCUUCAUGAUCACCAAGACGGCCGUGCAGGUCCUGUCCAGCGGGGAGGUCCGCGACAUCGUGAGCCGCAAGGGAGAAGACGUCCAGACGGUGAACAUCGACUCCAAAAAGGAGAGGACCUCCCAGCAGGAAGGGCCCGGAAGCGAAGAGCCAGUCGUGUGCCUCGACAAGAAACCCGUCAUCAUCAUUUUCGACGAGCCCAUGGACAUCCGGUCCGCGUAUAAGAGACUCUCGACCAUAUUUGAGGAGUGUGACGAGGAGCUGGAGAGAAUGAUGACUGAGGACAAGAUAGAGGAGGAAGAGGAGGAGGACAGUGGAGACCCCGGAGUCCUGAGCAACACUUGCCAAAUGUCCCCUAAGAAGGUUGCCUCGGACGGUCCUGCAACAGGACGGCAGGUGGACACGAGGUCACCGCCACACUCGCUGGCGGCAGACACCAGGGGCCCAGGAGGACAGGACACGCAGAGAACCGAGCCGGGCAGGUGGAGCCAGGCAGAGUCUCCAAGCCCGGACAGCAAGGGCGACGAGCUGGCCGAUGACCAGUUUGAAAGCCCCAAGAAAAAGUUUAAAUUCAAAUUCCCUAAGAAGCAACUCGCGGCUCUCACUCAGGCCAUUCGCACGGGAACCAAAACGGGGAAGAAGACGUUGCAGGUCGUGGUCUACGAGGAGGAGGAAGAGGACGGGACCUUGAAGCAGCACAAAGAGGCCAAGCGCUUUGAAAUCACUCGGUCUCAGCCCGACGACGCCCCGAAGAGCGUGGCCAGGAGGCAGGAGCAGCCCACUCUCGAGGGCGCAUCUCAGAUCUCAAGAACUGAUGAAAUUAGGAAAAAUACCUACAGGACGCUGGACAGCCUGGAGCAGACCAUCAAACAGCUCGAGAGCACCAUCAGCGAAAUGAGCCCCAAAGCCCUAGCCGAGACCUCGUGCUCUUCCAGCAGAGAUUCUGUUGCAAACGCAUCCCUCGUGGCCCCAGGGGCCCCUCCCCGCCCCUUGCUAGUUCCGGACGAAGCCCCCACUGUCCCAGAGCCCCCCACGCCAGUACCUGCAGCUUCACGUAAGGGCUCCGGCGGGACCCCACAGACGAGCAGGAUGCCCGUCCCGAUGAGCGCCAAGAGCAGACCCGGGAGCCUGGACCGAGCCGGCAAGCCGUCCAAGCUGCAGGACCCCCGCCAGUACCGCCAGGCUAAUGGAAGUGCUAAGAAAGCUGGUGGGGAAUAUAAACCUACUUCCCCCUCCUUACCUGCUUCUAAGAUUCCAGCCCUUUCUCCCAGCUCUGGGAAAAGCAGCUCUCUGCCCUCUUCUAGCGGUGACAGCCCUAACCUCCCUAAUCCACCCGCUACUAAAACACCGGUUCCUUCCAACCCUGUCAGCUCCCAGCCAGGACGGCCCGCUCACUCCGCCUCCCUCAUCCCUUCCGUCUCUAAUGGCUCCUUAAAGUUUCAGAGCCCCCCUCACGCGGGGAAAGGUCACCAUCUCUCAUGCUCACUGCAGACUCAAAACGGCCGAGCAGUCCCUCCUUCCUCCUCCUCCUCCUCCUCCCCGCCCUCCCCCGCCUCCCCCACCUCCCUGAGCCAAGGUGCCAAGGCCGUGAGAACCACCCACACUCCUAGCCUCGCCAGCUACAAGGCGCAGAACGGAAGUUCAAGCAAAGCCACCCCAUCCACUGCCAAGGAAACCUCUUAA